CGCGCUUAUGCUGCUGACUGGAAGACUCUGGGCGCCAUCUUGGCUGACGGGAAGCUUGUUAAACUACUAAAAAGUAACAGAAAGACACAAAUUAAACAUAUGAAACCCGUCGAUUCGGGCCGGCAAGGAAAAUGACACUCGGUGUGAGUGUAUGACAUCUGGAUUUAAGUACGUUUAAGAGAUUUGAAGGGAAUAUAACCUUAGCAGCACUCUAAAGGAAACCAAAUAUUGGGUCGGGGAGGAUUUUUCUGGGAAAGUUGUUUUGUUGACGUUAGCUCGCAUGCUAACACUUUUACCUUUCGGAUAUGACAUCUUCUGAUCCAGAUUUGUCUGAGGUCAUGGCAACAUCAGCUGGAUCUCAUUCUAACAGCGGUGCAGUCGUCCCGAAGGCCAAUAACAAGCGACAAGCCACCUCUGACUAUGAAGAUGAUGAGGGAGGCAAACUGUUCAGGUGUGAUGAUGAAGGGAGUGGUGGAAAUGACAAAGAGAGAUUUGCCAGGGAGAAUCACAGCGAGAUCGAGCGGAGGCGGAGAAAUAAGAUGACCGCUUAUAUCACGGAGCUUUCGGAAAUGGUGCCCACCUGCAGCGCGUUGGCACGAAAGCCGGACAAGCUCACCAUUCUGCGCAUGGCUGUGUCUCACAUGAAAUCGUUCAGAGGGAGCAGCACCACCGGCACGGAUGGAGUCUACAAACCGUCAUUUCUCACAGACCAGGAGUUGAAGCAUCUGAUUUUGGAGGCUGCUGAUGGUUUUCUGUUCGUCGUGUCAUGCGAGACUGGCAAAGUUGUUUAUGUAUCAGACUCUGUUACACCGGUUCUGAACCAAGCGCAAUCUGAUUGGCUCGGAUCCUCAUUGUACGACCAGCUUCAUCCAGAUGACAUGGAGAAGCUCAGAGAGCAGCUCUCUACCAGUGAGAAUAACAAUAGCGGACGGAUGUUGGAUAUGAAAACAGGGACAGUGAAGAAAGAAGCUGGUCAGUCAUCUGUGAGGAUGGGUAUAGGUGCACGCCGCUCUUUCAUCUGCAGGAUGAGAUGUGGGGUUUGUCCAGUAGAACCAGUGUCCAUGAACAGACUCAACUACCUGAGAAACAGAAACAGGAAUAGUUUGGGGCCUCACAAGGAUGGUGAACCGCAAUAUGCGGUUGUGCACUGCACAGGCAACAUAAAGUCCUGGCCUCUCGCAGGAGUGACUCUUUCUGAUGAGGAGGCUGAUAAUAGUCAGGGAAAUCGUUACUGUCUAGUCGCCAUUGGAAGACUGCAGGUAACGUGUUGCCCAGGUGACAACAACAUAAAUAACAUCAGCAUACCAGUGGAAUUCAUUUCCCGCCACAACUGCCAGGGCAUCUACACAUUUGUAGAUCACCGCUGUCUGGCGACUGUGGGUUUCCAGCCUCAGGAAUUACUGGGGAAGAGCAUUCUGGACUUUGCACACUCAGAAGACCAGGGCUUACUGAGAGACAGUCUUCAACAGGUGGUAAAACUGCGAGGUCAGGUUCUAUCUGUGAUGUUUCGGUUCCGCUCUAAAUCUUGCGAGUGGAUCUGGAUGAGAACGAGCUCUUUCACCUUCCAGAACCCUUUCUCGGAGGAGAUUGAGUACAUCAUCUGCACCAACGCCAAUGUGAAUCGAGCUCCAAAUCAGGAUUCGCUGUCCCCCCUCUCUUCCCCGGGGGUGGCGUUGCCCCCUUCACUGGGUCAAAGCAGUCCUAACUGCCCCUCUAACCCCAGUCCAGGUCAGAUGACAGCCAGGCAAUUGCAACAGCAGCAGGAAAUAGAGGGAGGGAUGAGUAGAGACGGAGUUUACGAGACAAACCAGGUGGCUCUUCCUCAGGUUUCAGUGCAGUCUGUGGGUUUAGUGAGUGCUGAUCACAAUUCAAAGGUUCUGACCUCUCCCAGUGUGUCCAGUGGACAGCAAGUUUAUCCUCCAGCAGCGUCUUUCCCCAAUGCUGCAUGUCCCAAUGAACCAUUCAGGUCAGCUGGAAUGGCUCAGCAGAUGGUGCAGACCCCUCACUCAGCUGGUCAGAUGCUUGUGCAGAUGUCCCGCCAGAGCACACCCUCCGGGCCCAGCGCCAGCAACAACAGCCCCCUUCAGGCCCAGGCAGGAACCACAGCAUCCCCUGGAGUCUGGGCUGCUGCAAGACCUGCCUUUAAUACACAGCAGGUAGCAGCCCAAGUUGGAAAGGGUCAGUCUCCACAGUUUAACAUGGGAGGCUUCAGCUCCAUCCCUACACCCUCUACGUCUUCUUCCUUUGGCCAGAUGGGCGGACCUGCCGCUUCCAUACCAAACACAUCAAGUUACCCACAACUUAAUCGUACCAAUGCCCCGACCAAUGGCUACUGUGACGUUAGUCAGAUGGGAGCGCAGUUCAGCGCCAGGCCAACAGAGGGAGUGCCAGGGUGGCAGCAGUGGCAGAAUCAACCACAUGCUCAAGGCACUGCUGACACACAUCCACAGUCUCAGAACAAUCAGCCAGAGAUGUUUCCAGAUGUUCUUUCGAUGUUGGACCAGUCUGGCAGCUUCGGCAGUGAUGAUUUCGGAGAGAUGCCCAUGUUUCCUCCAUUCCCUGAGUGAUUCCGCAUCCUACGUUACAUUCUUCUCUACAUGUUGUUCAAUCUUGCUCUCCGUUUCCUUCUGUUUUAACCAAAUAGAGGCAAGGUUGGUCAGGAUAGAGAAGUAUAGAGGGGCACCUGUUGCAAGCCAUAAUGAGGACACAAGAGAGAGGCAGCGCAGCGCACAAACAGGUGUUGACAACCCUUGUGUUUUGUCAAGCAGUGUAAAUUGAAAUCACGCACAAUUGCACACGUUAAGCACGAACAGUCCCACACUGUGUCUUUGCCGCACAUGAAUCUUUGUUUUUGAGUUGGAAAUGAGGGUUGACCCCCCCACACACAGACACACAAAGAGAGUAUUGUCUGUUUAUUACUGUGUAUGUAUACUGAUUGCACUGCCGUGUUUCUGAUGUCACAUGUUAAUCUUAAUGAAAUCCACAAGAGGGUUUGAUUUAGCCAUGGCUGCCUCUGAAAGAAGCUCUGAAUGUGAUAAAGUUCAAGAGCUUAAGAUGUACUGGUGCCCAGCACUGUUUUCUGUGCAGUUUGAACCCGUGGCUUGUUUUCUUUCAGUAAGGGUUGUUCAGAAUUUAGAAAUUAAGAAUCGGCUACCUUUGAAAUAAAGGAUUAGUUUUACUAUUCGAUCUUGGUGCAGUAUAUGGGUAUGUAACCUGCUGCAGUUGUUCUGGACUUUAGUUAAAAACUGAUAUUACAGACUGUGGAUUGUUCUUAUCUUUUUCUCUGGUCAGUUAAAUCAUAAUGUGGGGCUUUAAUUUGUAAAGUUUAUGUAAACUUCAAUGGACAGCCGGGUGCCUGAAAUAUAUUUUUCUUCCUCCACACGUUUAUGCGGAUGAUGUCAUGAGCUCUUACUCAGGCAUGUUUUUGUAUAAAACCUUUUAAACGAUGGAAACCAAGCAAUAAUUAGCAGGCAGGAUUUGUGUAAGGAUAAAGCCAUCGUUAUUGGUAUUCCUAGUAUUGUUAUGAUCGCUUUAAUAUUGAAAAUGGAAAAGAAACCUUUAAAGAAUAAUCAUUGACAGUGUUUUGAUUUUAAACUCAGACUGUCCAGAUUAGUCAUUAUUUUAAAUUAGCCUUGUAUAGAGAAUAUUAAAUAAUUUUUCACAGUACUCCUCCAGAUGAAUAUUGCCAGAUUUAUAAUUGAAUCGCUUAUUUUAGCAACAAUUCAAUGUUUUGUUUGUUAAAUUGUUGGUAUUGAAUGUUUGAGUGUCCUCUUUCUUUAAUACUAAUUCAUGUCUAUUAAAAUAGACUGUGUGUCAAUAUUCACUUUCUUGCAGAUAUGAAAUGGCCAAUGGUGCUGUGUUUUUGUUGUUGUUUUUUCCAUCUUGUUCCUUAACCAGAUUUUUAAGAAAAGUCGAACUGCAGUUUAACUAGUAAGCAUAGAUUAUAUAUAAGCAUAUGUAUAUGAAAUGUUAACUGAAAAAGAGAAGUGUUUGGGCUUUUGUAUUAAAUUGUUAUAUUGUCAAAA